AUGGAAGACGAUUGGCUUCGACAGCAAUGCAAAGCUUCCGUGAAUUUCCCCCUCCAAGGCAUGGAAUCAGUUGUUGCUACGGUCAGUGGAUAUCACGGUUCUGAGCGGUUUAAACUCAUCAAACUGAUAUCUCAGACUGGUGCAAGCUAUGUUGGGGCGAUGAAUCAAUCCACAACACAUUUGGUUUGUUGGAAAUUUAGAGGGAGGAAAUACGAGCUCGCGAGGAAGUUCAACAUGCUUAUAGUCAACCAUCGAUGGGUUGAAGAUUGUAUAAAGCAAGGUAGACGGGUACCAGAGCAUCCCUAUCUCUCCAAGUGUGGUCAAAAAGUUGGGCCCUUACUGUUGGAUUUCUCUCUCACCGAUAAAGCAAGUCUUUUGCCUCCUGUUCUAUCUAAUGCUUGCGUCGACUUUAAAGAACCUGCACUUGACAUCGAGCCUGAAGAGAUUGACCAUGCUGUUUGGAUUGAUUCUAGUUUGUUAAAUGAGUUGCAGAAUUCAUCUCCUAAACUGGACAGAAGGAAGAGUAAUUCUCGCAGAUUACCGAGAAAGACGGGUAAUAAAAGUGUAAGGCGGGAUCACUCGUCUGGAAGCAGAUAUUGUUUUGAGGAGCCUUUUUUAUCUGAUUUUCUGAGGAUGGAGUACGAAGAAUCGGAUGCUCCUUCCUCUACACGCUUGGGCAGACAGAAGAGAAGCAGCACUACUUCAGCUGAACCUUCUCGCAAAAGCUAUAGGUUGGUGAAAAAGAAAAGUAGGGACAUUUUGGAGUCUUUUUCAGAUUCUGAGCAAGAGUGCCACACAAUAAGGGCCCAUCACAAGCAUAAUGAGAUUACAGCUCCAGCUGCAACUUUUGAUGGUGGGAGGAAUGGAAGCAUAUCAACAGUUAGGGAAGCAUCUGAUGAUAGCUCUUAUAGCCAUGGGGGAAAUACACUUGAGAGUAUGGAAGAUGUUGAAGAGAUUACAAAUUUGAAUGAUGAUGUUGCUUUCAAAGAUUCAAAAUUCCAUUCUCUUGUAGAAAAUCCACAAGAUGAUUGUUUGAUUGUUGACGAUGAUAUAAAUGACAUCGAACAUAUUACCAGAUUGUCUACGUCGACAGAAUUAUCAUGUGUUAUAUGUUGGACAAAUUUCAGUUCAACUAGGGGGGUUCUUCCAUGUGGGCAUCGAUUUUGUUUUCCAUGCAUCCAAAGCUGGGCCGAUCAUAUGGCUUCAAGGAGAAAGAUUUCAACAUGUCCGUUGUGCAAGGCCAGUUUUGCUCACAUUACAAAGGUGGAUGAUGCAGUCUCUUCUGAUCAGAAAAUAUACUCGCAAACUAUUCCAUAUGAUCUGUCAAAAAUGGAUGUAUACCUUCUUUCCUAUGGGGAAACAUCCACUCUUGGAGCACAGCCAUCAGUAGCGGUAACACCAGUCUGUUCUCAAUGCUGUUGUCGGGAACCAGAGGAUCUUCUCAUUAGAUGUCAUCUCUGCCAGAGUCGAUGUGUUCAUUCCUACUGCCUGGAUCCUCCGCUGCUUCCAUGGACAUGCGCUCACUGCAAGGAUCUCCAAGUGCUUUACCAUCAUCUUCGUUAGCUUCCUCAACUGCCUGAAUGUAAUGGUAACAAAUCAUCUUUAACUCCCACUCAGCUGCCUACCAUUCAUGUUCAACUCAAAAAGCUUAAUUGUUUGGAUAUGACACACAGUUCACACUAUUGCUGUAUUAAAAUGCAUCACUUGAGACUUGACCAUUUUGGGAAAUUCACCACUGAAAUGUCAGUCUGUUUGAUUUGAUCCUGUUCAUUU